AUGGGUUCGUCUGGAGCAACUGAUAAGGACCAGUCAGCAUCGCCAUCGCCUCUUCAGUUAUCAGUAGCUACACAAACAGAUUCUUCAAUAGCAGAAACACCUUCCUCGCCAGAAACGUCCACAGCCCUUCCCUCUUUACAACCAGUCCCUUCCGUGAAAAAUGCCCUGCGUGCAAGUAAAUUUAAUCGUUUAGAAGAACAGGCUUACCUUAGCAAGGAGAUCACUCUUGUUGUAGGAACAAAAGUUGUUUGUUCCCUUGACCUUCUCAUACAGUUGUUUGCUGAAAAUUGUCGUCAGCCUGGUUGUCAGCUAGCAACCACAGUGAGCCACACUCUUUGUGGCACUAGUGUUUUGAUCAAGUGGAAAUGUCCAGCAGGUCAUGUUGGGAAAUUCUGGAGUUCCCACAAGGUCAAUGGGGCCCUGGCCAACAAUCUCCAGGCAUGUGGUGCUGUCCUUCUGUCUGGUAACAACUUUGCUCAAGUUGAAAGGUUUGCCAAGUUUUUGGGUUUGUCGUUUGUAUCAAGGUCGACAUUUUGUCGGGCACAAAGGGUGUAUUGCAUACCAGCUAUCAAUGAGUGGUGGACUUGGCAGCAAGGUAUUAUCAACCAUGAGCUGCAAGGCCAAAGCCUUGUUGUGAUGGGUGAUGGCCAGUGUGAUUCUCCAGAGUUUACUGCUAAAAACCUAUGUUAUUUUUUGAUGGAGAUGACCACUGGAUAUAUCAUUGAUUUGGAGGUUCUUGAUAAGAGAGAAGUGGAGUUAAAGUCUGUUAACAUGGAAAAAAGGGCUCUUCAAAACAUACUUGAGCGAAUCACAGAUGUUUUGAUGGUAGGAGAAGUCGUUACCGAUGCCUCUGCAAGUAUUAAAAAAAUGAUGGGUGAGUUUAGAAAUCAAUGUACUUUUGCUUUUUACUUUGCAAACUUUUCCGGUUGACUCAAGACAAAAGUAACAAGUAGAACAAAAUAUUAGUUGUACCUAGUUGAACUUCCAACUUGAUAUUCAAAUUAAAUUAUAUGAGAUCUUUUAGGUCUUGGCAGUGCCAGCUGCAGCUGAAAUUAAGCAAUUUAGCAAAACUAUAUAUUAGCACAUACAUUUUUUACACCAUUAUUUUGAACCCUAACCAAGAUACUUUGUUCUUGUUCUACUCACCCAACGUGGUGAAGAACCAAAUUAAUCACUCUUUCUCAAGGAGAAGUCUAUGAUGCAUAAAGCAUUAAUUUAUUUACAAGGCUGGGAUUCUAAACAGCAAGGCAUUUUUUUUAGUAAUUGUUGUGUUUUUUUGGUUUCCAGGAAGUGCAUUUCCAACAAUAAUUAUUUUCCAUUCUUUAGAUGUAUGGCACAAGGCCAGGAGCAUUAGAAAAUGCAUCAAUAAGGUACGUACACUGAAAUCAGCUGUUUAUAUAUGUAGUAAAAAUAUCCAGACCCCUUUAAACGAUUACCAGCACAUUUCUCGGUAAAGGUUACAUAGAUUAAAAUUUUAACGAUAGCAGUUUUUAAACAUUUAUUUGUGAAAGGUACAGAAGAUUCACACACAAUACAUGUUCAUGCCAAAUCUAUCAUAAAUUAUAUUAAUUUUACUAUCAUUUUUAUCUCAGAUUGGCAGUGCAAAGAACAUGGAAAAAGUAAGUCAGUGGGCAGACCACAUAAUCAACCAUUUUUGGUACUGCUGCGAAAUGGCCUCCAAAGAAACUAGCAGUGAUGACGAGGCUCUAACGAAGAUGAAGGUAAUUUGCACAUAACCUGCAGUCAUUCCUCUCGCAAACCUAGUUCAGAGCUAAAAAUAUAUUUUAUUUAGGGUUUUACUGUUCUACACUUUCUGGUAAAUAUAAUUUAAUUUAUCGUAAUAGUCCAGUCUGCUAACCUUUUUUUGUUUUCCAUGAUCACUUUAUAAUUUAUGAAUAUGAAUGUGCUUGUUGACCAAUGAAGUAACUUUGUUCAAGCCAAAAUAUUGAGAACUAAAACAAGUAUACUUGAAAAAAUAUUAUGAACAAAUAAUCACAAAAUAAACAAAACUAAGAAGGGCAGAUAGACAUGUCAUGUUUGGCAGCUGUAAAAUGAGGCACAUGGUCUCACACAUUUUAAAAAAUCUCUAUUAAGUUGACGAGUAUCCCUCUUUUUUACAGUACACUAAUGCACAUCAAUGUUUCUCACCAUGCAGGAUAAAUGGAUUGGCCUAUUGCACCAUGUCUGCAAUGACCAUGAUUGGCCUGGAGGGAGCUGUGACCAUGGUGAGUUACCUGAAGACCAUUCUCUACCAUGGUUUGACAGGAGAGCAAAGGAUUUCGAAGCACUGCAAAAGAUCAUUCUUGACCCUGCCCUGCUGGAGAGUUUCAAGUCAAUUACAUUAAAUUCAGGUGAACAUGGAGUUUAACUUCUCAUUUCUCUCUUAUAUGCAGGGCUGUCACUAAGAUUUCAAGAUGCAGGGUACAUGCUAUUAGUAGGCAAAGACUUAAACAGCUAUGAAGUUCUUUUGGGUUUAUUUGUUUGUUAGUUCUGUUGGACAUACUAAUACACUGUAGCAUUAGUGACAGCCCUAUCUAAGUGAACAGUAUCAGUGGAAUCCAUUGAAAAUAAAACCUGUACUGUGGUUUUUCAUUUAUUGAAUGAGGUUUGUGGUAUUCAUUGCAAAUAUUAGCGUAGUAAAUUAAGAUAUUUUUCUUUUCAUUUCUUUAGACACACUGGUGCUUUGGAGUGUGCUAAUAGCAUGUCUCUUAUGUACACAUCGAAGAAAGUGUCAUUCACGUAAGUCACAUCAUUAUUUCACUGGAAUUUUUUUUAUCUUUGUGCAGCAUGGUUUAAGCCAACAGUUAAAUGUGUUAUUCAUAAAUGAACGGCAAUAAAUGACACCAUGUCAUAUUUGACCUGCAUUGUGUAGAGGUCAUAUAAAAUGUUUAUGUUAAAAUCCUCCUUUGGGCUGUUAAACUGCUCCAUAACAACAUUAUAAUUUUAUUUCUUGUUAUUCGUGUGUCUGAGCACACUGGGUUCAUUUACUAGCAAAUGAACUGGAUUGGAGAACUUACUUUUGGACAUUCUCUUGGUAUUUUUUUUAGUGGUUUUAUACACCUAAAAAGAUUGUGUGAAGUUUUAUCAUAAUCACUAUUUCAACUUAUUGCAAGGUACAGCUGUAGCUUAUCUUGCAUGUUCCCUGUUAUAUAGAAUUUCUUUAUGUGACAUAUUCCAUAACUUCUAGGAAAAAGGUUUACAGAGCAAGAAAGAAGUUGACUGCUAUAGAUUGGAACUACCACAAUGAUCUGCCAAAUGCCACAAAUGAGGAUGCCGAGACUAUUAUCACAAGAAAGUAUAAUCAAAGGACGAAAUCUUGGGAUGUGAGGACAGUGAAAGUGUCCCAAAGACUACGGAUACAUUUGGAUUCUAAUGGCAAAGAUUUUCAAACUUCGAGUUGAUGAUGAUGAUUCAAUUGCACGGGAGGUUCCACUAGAGGCUGAUGAUCCGAGACUCAUUGCUCCCACAAUUGCAGAAAGUGAGCCUCCUCCAUCUCAUGAGCUCCUUGCAAGAAGGAGGAGUAGAUUUUCACAAUUUUCACAAACAAGUAGCUGAUUAGCAUUCCCAAAACCAAAGCUUCACCAAUUGUAGCUUUUAGUAUGUUUUUUGAGACAGUGCGAGUCCUAAAUUGACACAUUUGUGGCAGAUGCAGAUUAUAGCACUAGUCAAUGCUUGUUUAAAUAAUAAAGUGCUGCCACGGUUCAUGGCUCUCUUUCCUUGUUUGUAGUGAGUGGGAAAUAGAAUCAUUUUCUGUUUUUUUAGCUAUUUUCUUGUGAUUGAUUACCAGCGACAGAAAUGCAAGGGUUCACUGUACAAUAGUUUCAAUGUAGCUUGAUUCCCAGGAAAUGAUUCCAUGGUUCAAAUGUUGCAUAGUGCAGCAAGAUUUGUUUAAUAUUGUAAUAACCUUGCAAUACCACGGUAUGUCCUGUGUGUGAUGUGAUUUUUUUCGGUCUGAUAUAAACAUAAAAUAGUUAUGGUGUACAGUAUGGAGGGUGGUGAUUUGAUUUUUUGCCAUAAAUCUGUUGAUUUUAAAUUUAGAGUUUAUCAUUCCACUGUAAACAAAACAUGUACACUAAAAUACUCUUGGUUAGAAUUUUCGGAGACAGGAAACAAGACUCAACUUUUUGCUUGUGUUUUUCAGAUGUCAGUGUAACAAUACUAGGGCAACCGUCUCUUUCAAAAUGAGAGAUACU